CUCGUCAGCAGUUCUCUACGAGCCCCCCUCACUGGUGCAGCGUUAUGUUCAACAGAUGGCCAAGGAUACUCUGUUCUGCAUGCACAUGAUCAUAAGAAGACAUUUAUUUUCAUCGUCCCAAAUUAGGGAACAGAGGCAGAUGACGGAUGAAUGGAGGAAAGGACCGUGACUGUUGACCGGAGAAAUGGACUUUGUUGCAUUGCUUGGCUACUUAGUUGGCCUAGCUGUUAUUGCAUUCAUUUCAAUAUGUGUGGGGAUCUACUUAAUGAGUGAGACAUUCCCGUCAAUUGCCUCCCAUGAAUCUGAGGAUUUCUUCAGCGAUCCCUCCAGUGGGAAGAAGUUGCCUUUCCCGUCUAUCACUGACAAGCCAAGCAUAUCCCUGACUGUUGUGGUGCCGGCUUACAAUGAGGAAAAGAGAUUGCCUGUGAUGCUGGAGGAGAGUCUGACGUAUCUGGAGGAGAAGGUGAAGAAAGACAAUACCUUCACCUAUGAGAUGAUCAUUGUUGAUGAUGGUAGUAAAGACAAAACCACUGAGGUUGCAAUGGGUUACAGCAAGAAGUUUGGCUGUGAGAAAGUUCGCGUUCUUACGCUGGCUUGGAAUAGAGGGAAAGGAGGAGCAGUUAGAAUGGGGAUGUUUCGGGGGCGAGGAAAGUUGUUGCUCUUUGCCGAUGCUGAUGGGGCCACUACCUUCUCUGAGUAUGACCGAGUGGAGGAGGGCCUGAGGAAUAAGUGCAAAGAGGAAAGAGAGCUGAGUGAUGCACUGGCGGUGUCCUGUGGCUCUCGGGCUCACCUGGAGGAGGAGUCGGUGGCCACGCGCUCAUUCUUUCGUACAGUGCUCAUGUACGGCUUCCAUGCCUUAGUAUGGCUGUUUGCCGUGCGGGGUGUGCGGGACACACAAUGUGGAUUUAAGCUGCUAACCAGGAGAGCUGCCCGCAUCCUCUUCAACAGCCUCCAUGUUGAGAGAUGGGCCUUUGAUGUUGAAAUGCUAUAUUUGGCACAAUCUUUAAAGAUUCCCAUAGAUGAAGUGGCUGUAGAAUGGAAUGAAAUUGAAGGUACAAAGAUGACACCUGUGCUGAGUUGGCUAGAAAUGGGGCUGGACUUGUUCACAAUCUGGCUGCGGUACACUCUUGGUGCCUGGAGGAUACGAGGAGACAUAAAGAAGUGAAAUUAGGCAGUAUUGCAGUGGUUGUUCCCCAGUGAAUGGGCAAGCCUAAGGGAGAGUGAAAUUGCAUGAGUUGUGAGGAUGAGGUUAAUGUUGGAUUUGAUUUUUUUAGAUACAGAGGGACCAUGAAAGUAGAAAUGGAAGAAUUCCACUGGUGGAGUAAGCAACUGUGAACAAUUAUGAUAGUUAAAUGUAUUUAAUUGGUUUCUCCAUCAUUGAACAGAUGAAUGACAUACAGUGGAACCGUAGUUACUGAACUCAUAACUGCUUCAGUUGUCGUACCAUAAUUUGGUUCUCGAACAAGCUAUGCACAAGUAGUUGCAGUGUUUGUUUUGUUUACGUUGCAACCCUCAUUCAGUGGACAUCCACACCACUCCCCAGUUGAACAAUCCCUGCUCUCUCUCAGGCUUGAAACUAACUGAAAUAUCCUCAGAUUGUCAUAAUAAAAACAGUUCCUAA